AAAACUGGUAGCCCUUCGCAUCAAUCAGCACCCAAGAAGUAGCUCUUGGUUUCAAAAAGGUUGGUGACCCCUGCUCUAGGCUAAUAUAAACACUUACAUCAUGUGCUUCUUCACGAGUGAGGGAAGAGUGGAUGGUGAGAUCGACAGGCGGAUCGGUGCGGCGUCUUCAGUAAUGCGGACGUUGUACCGAUCCGUUGUGGUGAAGAAGGAGCUGAGCCGGAAGGCAAAGCUCUCAAUUUACCGGUCGAUCUACGUUCCCAUCCUCACCUAUGGUCAUGAGCUUUGGGUCAUGACCGAAAGGAUAAGAUCACGGGUACAAGCGGCCCAAAUGAGUUUGGGUCUCUCCCUUAGAGAUAGGGUGAGAAGCUCUGCCAUCCGGGAGGAACUCAAAGUAAAGCCGCUGCUCCUCCACAUGGAGAGGAGCCAGAUGAGGUGGUUCGGGCAUCUGGUCAGGAUGCCACCCGAACGCCUCCCGAGGGAGGUGUUUAGGGCACGUCCAACCGGUAUUAGGCCAGGACACGUUGGGAAGAUUAUGUCUCCCGGCUGGCCUGGGAACGCCUCGGGAUCCCCCGGGAAGAGCUGGACGAAGUGUCUGGGGAGAGGGAAGUCUGGGCUUCCCUGCUUAGGCUGCUGCCCCCGCGACCCGACCUCGGCUAAGCGGAAGAUGAUGGAUGGAUGGACAUCAUGUGCUGUUUUCAUUAUAUCACUUAUAGAAGACUUUUAUUUUUUAAUUGUUUGGUGUAUUUCUGGUCCAAUAUGGCUCUUUCAACAUUUUGGGUUGGCGACCCCACAAUUAGACCAUUGUGAACAAGUUCUAUUAAGAGUUAGUUUAGACCUGAUUGACAGUUGUUUCAUUAAUCAUCAACACUACAGUGUUGAGAAAGGUCCUUGAAAUACUUCUCUCUGUGUGGUCAAUCGAUGAGAGUCUAACAGUUUUUGAACUGAACAAAUUAAAUAAAUAAAUCCGAACCAGACAUACUUUAUUAAUCCCCGAGGGGAAAUUUCAAAUAAAGCAGAUCUUUUCACCGAGAUCCACAUCAUCUGCCAGAGCACAAUUAUAACAUAGCAAUUAUUAUCAUCUGCACACACCAGCGUCAGCAAAGAAAAGCCCCGGCAAUUAAAUAAUUAGUGUGACCUGGAGUGCGGUCGUGAUGAAAGGAGUGGAGAAACUCUCGGUCACGGGAAGGAGGAAGGAGGAAGUUGUCUGUUUACCGACAACAGCUUCACCUCCCGUCUGAUUCUGAGGGCGAGGCCUGAGCGGGGCGGCAAAUAAAAAGCGUGGCGCCGCCAGAAAGAGCGUGGAUGUGCUCACAGAACAGCUGACAGCUGACAGCUGACGACAACAACUACACAACAACUACACAACUACUACGGAUUCUCUGCUGAUGACAAGUUGAGUUCAUUUCUUCAGAGAUGCGUCCUUCUGUCCUCCUGCUGCUUGGCAUCUGCCUGGCGCCCGCACUCUCGGAUGCAACAGGUAAUAUCCACACUCCCUUAGAUUGGUCGCCCCCAUCCUCUGAAAUAUUGUUAUUUUUCUUCCUUCUAGAACAUCUGGGAAGCGCUUUCCUUCAACGCUGCUUUGAGGAGGCCAAACAGAUAGUUGAUGACGCUUACACCUACUCCAGGGCAGAGAGCCUGAGGAGGGUGCGCAAGGACGUGGUGAGUCCCCACGACGCUCUGCGCCUGCUGAAGCAGCCCCGGGGGGAGACGCGCUCCUCCGUGAGGGCCGCCGACUACAUGGACCAGACCCUGCGCCUCGUGCAGGAGCGGGUGCACCGCAUCCAUAAGCGCUCACUCAACGCGACAGAUCUGCUCUCUGCCGAGGAUCUGCAGGUACUGAGCAUGAUAACAGGAUGUGCCGCUCGAGUCAGGGAGCCGCAGUGUAGCACCCUGCCCAACAUCAACACCUACCGCACAAUUACAAGCGUCUGCAACAACCUAAAUAAACCCCGCCAAGGAGCCUCCAACACCCCCUUCGCCCGCUGGCUGCCUGCAGAAUACGACGACGGCAUCUCGCAGCCCAAAGGCGGGCAGCCCAACCGAACCAUCAACAACUUCCUCCUCCCGCUGGUCCGACAGGUGUCCAACAACAUCCUGAGCACCACGGACGCGGGCGUGGUCAACGACAGAGAGUUCUCCCACAUGGUGACCUUGUUCGGUCAGUGGAUCGACCACGACCUCACCUUCACGCCCUUCUCGCCCAGCAUCCGCUCCUUCAGCAACGGCAUCGAUUGCGAGGAGAGCUGCGAGCGCACCGAGCCGUGCAUCCCCAUCCCGAUUCCUCCCGGCGACCCGCGGUUGCCUACCGGGCCGGACAGCUGCAUCCCGUCCUUUCGCUCCGCCCCCGUUUGCGGCACGGGGUUCUCGGCCUACAACUUCGGAGGGGAGCCCAACAAGCGCGAGCAGAUCAACGCCCUGACGGCCUACCUGGAUCUGAGCCAGGUGUACGGCUCCGAGGAAAAGCUGGCCCUCCAGCUCCGCGACCUCAACACCGACGGGCUCCUGCUGGUCAACGACCAGUUCCGAGACAACGGGCGGGAGCUGCUGCCCUUUAACCCUCUGGAGGGCAACAUGUGUGCCACCCGCGGGCGGGUCACCAAUGACAGCAACGCCCGGGAGGUUCCUUGUUUCAUUGCAGGUGACGUCCGCGUGGACGAGAACGUCGCUCUGACAUCGAUCCACACUCUGUUCAUGCGCGAACACAACCGCCUGGCCCGCCAACUGAAGAGACUGAACCCCCAGUAUGACAGCGAGACCCUCUACGAGGAGGCCCGCAAAAUCAUGGGGGCGUACACCCAGGUGUUUGUGUUCCGUGAUUACCUGCCUCACAUUGUGGGCGAAGACGCCAUGCGCACGCUGCUGGGACCUUACCCGGGUUACGACCCCAACGUGGACCCCAGUAUCUCCAACGUCUUUGCCACGGCCGCUUACCGCUUCGCUCACUUGGCCAUCCAGCCCAGCUUAACCCGCCUGGGUGCAGACUACCGGGAGGACCCUCAGUUCCCCAGCGUCCCCCUCUUCAAGGCCUUCUUCACCCCCUGGAGAGUCAUAUUUGAGGGCGGCAUUGACUCGUUCCUGCGUGGUUUAGUGGGCCGACCUGCAAAACUGAACACUCAGGACCACAUGAUGGUCGAUGCCCUGAGAGAGAGGCUCUUCCAGUUCGUGGAGCAUCUGGCCUUGGACCUGGGCGCCCUCAACAUGCAGAGGUCUCGGGACCACGGCUUACCCGGAUACAACGCCUGGCGCGGCUUGUGUGGCCUGUCCCAGCCCAGGAACCAAGCCCAGUUGGCCCAGGUCCUGAACAACACCGACCUGGCCCGCAGGCUGCUGGAACUGUACGGGACGCCUGACAACAUCGACGUGUGGAUGGGGGGCGUGGCCGAGCCCUUUGUCCGCGGGGGCCGCGUGGGUCCUCUGUUCGCCUGCCUCAUUGCAAGGCAGUUCCAGAAGAUUCGCCAGGGUGACAGGCUGUGGUACGAGAACCCGGGCGUGUUCACCGCCAGACAGCGAGCCGCCCUCUCCACCGCCACGCUGUCCAGGAUCAUCUGUGACAACACGGGCAUCACGGCCAUCCCCAGAGACGCCUUCAGCGUCAUAAACCGCCGAAACCGUCUGGUGCGCUGCGCCAACGUGCGGCAGCUCAACCUGGGCGCCUGGGGACAGAGGCGCUGCACAGAUUUCUUAGAAACGGGUUUCUGUCCUGAUGAGGACGAGACACAGGACACGCUGGAUGUGGCGUUUCCCGACGAUGAGCUGGAUAACGAGAUCCCUGACAGCCAGUUGCCCUAAGAGGCCCCGCCCACUCCGCAUCAACAUGUCUGCCCUUGCCGCCGAACCCAUCGAUCAUCUUCUGUCCCCCCUUCCGUCUUUCUUUCUCCGUGCUGAACGUGUAGCUUCUGCCAAAUGACACUCCCACUCGUUUCCUUCCUCUCCUCCACGCGACGUGUGCACCAGCGGCUGACAGCGACGCGCGCCGAAACAUUUGUGAAGCACGUCCUCCCUUCUGUUACAGCUGCUGCUCGUCUCGUUUACCAGUAUUAUGAUUAUUUAUGCAGCGACGACACGUAGGGCACCACUUGAAAGUUUUGCUUGUUUUAUUGCCAUCUUUUUCAUCCGCACUCAAUAAAAAGUGAAAUGUU